AAUAAUUCUCCUGAACAAUCCCAAGAGGCUGAAGAUAAGAGCCCUUCCUCUCCAAGAGAAACAUCUAGUGACCAGGAUGAUGGAUCCCAGCCUCAAAGUACGACCAUCUGUUUCUCUGUCUCCGCCAUCCUUUUCUUUCUUGUGUCUUUCUCUCCCCAUCUUCUCUCUUUGUACCUUUCUUUCCUCCAACUUCUCUCUUUGUAUCUUUCUUUUUCCCCAUCUUCUCUCUUCCUGUCUCCUUCGCUUCCCAUCUUCUCUCUUCCUGUCUCCUUCGCUUCCCAUCUUCUCUCUUCCUGUCUCCUUCGCUUCCCAUCUUCUCUCUUCCUGUCUCCUUCGCUUCCCAUCUUCUCUCUUCCUGUCUCCUUCGCUUCCCAUCUUCUCUCUUCCUGUCUCCUUCGCUUCCCAUCUUCUCUCUUCCUGUCUCCUUCGCUUCAUUCUCUCUUCCUGUCUCCUUCCUUCCCAUCUUCUCUCUUCCUGUCUUCGGGGGCUUUCCAUCUUCUCUCUUCUCCUGUCUCCUUCUUCCCAUUUCUCUCUUCCUGUCUCCUUCGCUUCCCAUCUUUCUUCCUGUCAAAAAAAAUUCCCAUCUUCUAUCUUCCUGUCUCCUUGCUUCCCAUCUUUCUCUUCCUGUCUCCUCCUUCCCAUCUUCUCUCUUCCUGUCUAAAAACUUCCCAUCUUCUCUCUUCCUGUCUCCUUCGCUUCCCAUCUUCUCUCUUCCUGUCUCCUUCGCUUCCCAUCUUCUCUCUUCCUGUCUCCUUCUUUCCCAUCUUCUCUCUUCCUUCCUGUAAAAGAAUCUUUAUUCCCUGUCUCCUUUUUCCCAUCUUCUCUCUCUUCCUGUCUAUUUCCUUCCCAUAUUUCUCUCUAGUUUGUCUCCUUCCUUUAUCCAUCUGUCUUUUCUCCAUCCAUCUCAUCUCCAAUGUCUUCUCUGUUUGUCUCUUUUGCUUCUUAUUUAUCUCUCUAUUCACAUACUUGAUAAACACUCAAAGAUUGUAG